AUGAUGCCACAAGGAAUCUUGGAACCCCCAGAAGAGAUCAAGGAAGUGAUUGAUAAGACGGUUGGAUAUGUGAAGAGAAAUGGUAAGAAUUUUGAGAAAAGGUUGAUAGGAAAUAAUGAAGACAAGUUUGAGUUCUUGAAUGAAGACGACAAAUAUCAUCAAUAUUAUAGAUGGAAACUCGAUGGAGAGAAGCUGACGGAUGUAGAAAUAUCUCACGCUUCUGAUGUCCCUGGUGACACUCCAGCUUCCAAUAUAUCAGAGCCUAGGACAUUGAAUUUCCUAACACGAUUACCUACGAUUUCAUCUAUGGACUUGGAAGUCAUCAAGUUCACUGCAUUAGCUGUCGUUGAAAACGGUGCUGGAUACUUGGAACACUUAUUGAGUCAUGAAAGAGACCUGGGCCAUGAAGCUCAAUUUGAAUUUUUGAGAAAAGACCAUUCGCUUUUCCCAUUAUUUAUGAAAUAUGUUCAACAAUACACUUUAUUGUCUCAGUUCUAUAGUGGUACAAACAAUAUUGAGGUCGACUCUAUUAAUAGGACAUUAAGAAGUGCUGAUAGUAUCCUUAAAAUAGCAUUCGAUCGUGCAGUCUCUGAUAAGGUUCAAAAGACAAAAGUACAAAAGGAAAAGAAAGUUAGAGAGGAUAAGAAACUCUGUUAUGCCUCCAUAGAUUGGCAAGACUUUUCGAUAGUUGAAAAGAGUGAGUUUGAUGCCAUAGAUCAAGUGCGAGAGCUUUCUACUCCUUUAAAUAGGGACUCUCUUGUUUUUAGAACACUUGAAUCUAAGCGACAAGAUAUUGAUCUUCCGAAGAUGGAGGUGAAGGCGCCCUUGGAGCCAAAAGAAAAUACUCCAAACCACAAUGAAGUAUUAGGGAAAAGACCAAAGGGGAUGAAAAUCAAGGCUGCUGGCGAAUCAAGAAUCGGGAGAUUAACCCAAAGCAUACAUAAUACGAAGGAGAAUCUUGUUAAAUGUCCUAUAACAGGAAAGCAAAUUCCUCAGCUGAAGUUUGACGAUCAUUUGAGAAUACUACUCAGAGAUCCAAGGUAUAAGGAACAACAAGAUAAUUUCAUGAAGAAGAAUUUUAAGUUCUCAUCGAACUUAACCACAGAUGAAGUUUACGAAAACAUUAAAAGAAUAGCGAGGAAGAGAGAGAAUACGGAUUACCCAAAAGAACAUAAGCGAUCUCAAAUAGGACCCUCUUAA